AUGUGCGGCCCAGAUACUUGCACCAAGCCUCGAGGUGGCGCGCUCGCCGUGCUCAACCAGCCAUUCUGCCAGCCAAGCUCGCCAACUUCACUUUGCAAACUCCGAGGCGACCUUUCGUUCCACACACCAGGGAAGCCGAGCAGUCCUUUCGCUACACAUGCAAGGAUCACUAGCGGAGGAGAUCAUGACUUACCCACGUUGUCGGAUGUCGUCGUUGUUAUCCACAAGUCCGGUGAUCUGUCCAAAAGACCCCAGGAUUGUGGCCUCUUCCAACAACUCGCUUUUUCCAAUGCAUCCGUACUCGAAGACGGCUCGACUUUGGAGCUUGCCCUGAACGAGCCGAUCUCAUUACAAGUUGGAGACGAUGGCAUCAUCGGGAGAAGGGUUUCGAUAUUCCCCAGGGCCGAAAUGGACAAUGCAGUGGCAGAGGGGAUCGUCGGUUUCAAUUUCGUGAACUCUCUGUGA